AUUGGAUACUUUCCCAUCAUGCUGAUAGCAUUUUAAAUAUAUUUGUAAAUUUUAACUGAAGAAAACCUUGAGAGUUUAUAUUUGAGGACUAAAGUGUGAACCUACCAAUUAUCAGUUUUUCAGGAUGAAUCUGGAAAAACUCAGCAAGCCUGAACUCCUGACCCUUUUCAGUAUUCUUGAAGGAGAGCUUGAAGCAAGAGAUCUUGUUAUAGAAGCUUUAAAGGCCCAGCACCGAGAUACUUUCAUUGAAGAACGCUAUGGAAAAUAUAACAUCAGUGAUCCUUUAAUGGCUCUCCAGAGAGACUUUGAAACUCUCAAGGAGAAAAACGAUGGUGAGAAGCAGCCUGUCUGCACAAACCCACUGUCCAUUCUUAAGGUAGUGAUGAAGCAGUGCAAGAACAUGCAGGAGCGCAUGCUGUCCCAGCUGGCUGCUGCCGAGAGCAGGCACCGGAAGGUGAUCCUAGACCUUGAGGAAGAAAGGCAGCGGCAUGCACAGGACACAGCUGAAGGAGACGAUGUCACCUACAUGCUGGAGAAGGAGCGAGAGCGGCUGACUCAACAGUUGGAAUUUGAAAAGACCCAAGUGAAAAAAUUUGAGAAAGAGCAGAAGAAACUCUCCAGCCAGCUGGAAGAGGAGCGCUCUCGCCAUAAGCAGCUCUCCUCCAUGCUGGUGCUCGAGUGCAAGAAAGCCACCAGCAAGGCAGCGGAGGAGGGACAGAAGGCAGGAGAGCUAAGCCUGAAACUGGAGAAGGAGAAGAGCCGGGUGAGUAAGCUGGAGGAGGAGCUGGCUGCUGAGAGGAAGCGAGGCCUGCAGACCGAGGCCCAGGUGGAGAAGCAGUUGUCUGAGUUUGACAUUGAAAGGGAACAACUGAGAGCAAAAUUGAACCGAGAAGAGAACCGGACCAAAACUCUGAAAGAAGAGCUGGAAAGUUUGAAGAAAAUCGUGAAGGACCUUGAAGCUUCCUGCCAGCACAGUAGCCUUAAUGAGCAGUCUAAGCAACCAGUAACCAUGUCCAAAGGCAUAGCAACUGAGCCUCCCGUGCUAGUGUCUGUAUUUUGCCAAACGGAGAGUUUUCAGGCAGAAAGACUCCAAGGGAGCAACAUAGGCAAGGUGACAAACACUGGACUGCCUGUCCCCACCACUCCUACUAACUCUUUCUCAAAGACCAAUGGCCAUUGUGACCCAGACAUACAAACCUCCAGGGAGUUGAUAGCAGGCAGCAGUGUAGACAACCAAGUGCCACCACGAGAGAAAUCUGUGGGAUUGAUCCAAGAAAAACCAGUGGAGAACGGUGGGUGUCCUGUGGGAAUCGAGUCUCCAGUCCCAGCGUCCAGUCACCUCCCUUCUGGUGGGAGCUCACUGUCUCCCAGCAGCACUGCCUCCUCCUCUCUCACAUCCUCUCCUUGCUCUUCACCAGUACUAACUAAGCGCUUACUAGGGUCAUCAGCCAGCAGCCCUGGCUACCAAUCAUCCUACCAAGUAGGGAUAAACCAGCGGUUCCAUGCAGCUCGACACAAAUUUCAGUCACAAGCAGAUCAAGACCAACAAGCAAGUGGUCUCCAGAGCCCUCCGUCCCGGGAUCUGUCCCCAACCCUCAUAGACAACUCAGCCGCCAAGCAACUGGCCCGGAACACAGUCACUCAGGUGCUCUCCAGAUUCACCAGCCAACAAGGGCCAAUCAAGUCCGUCUCUCCCAAUAGUUCUCCCUUUGGCACAGACUAUCGAAACCUGGCCAACACCACCAUCCCAAGAGGCGACACCAGCCAUUCACCUACUCCAGGGAAAGUAUCCAGUCCUCUGAGCCCCCUGUCUCCAGGGAUCAAGUCUCCUACUAUCCCUAGAGCAGAGAGAGGGAACCCUCCACCCAUCCCACCCAAAAAACCUGGCCUCACUCCAUCUCCAUCCGCUCCCACUCCACUGACCAAAACGCAUUCCCAGGCAUCCUCUCUGACCACUACAGAAGAACUUGCCAGCAGCUGCUCUUCCAAUGCAGUCAUAGCCAAUGGCAAGGACGUUGAGAUACUGUUACCUACCAGCAGCUAGUCCCUAGGAAGGCGUAUCCAAAUGUAACAUUCCAUUUGAUUUCGUCUAAGAGCUGAAUCAAACCUUGAGUCAGAUCAUGUUAUUUAUUUUGAUAGUAGCUGAAACCCUCUGUACAAUCCAUUUAGUAUACUUUACUUUUUUGUAUUUUUUUUUAAAUAGAAACCAAUUAGUUUGGAUUUUUAUGGCUCAAAUCUUUGUACUGAAGCUAGACGGGCACCUCAAAGAUAUCUCAAGCUCAGCAGUCACCGUCAUGUUGUGAUAGAAAACGCUAAGCUAAUAAAGUACUAGGUGGUGAUUUGCUGUCUGUUUUGGGACUAGAGUCCCUCAAUGCUCAUUUUGAAUUAUGGAGAAGUAGUUUGUGCAGAUUUUUAUUCAGAUGAACAUGUUUUUAAAGUGCCUGAAAUAAGACUGCCAUAUGAAUGUGAUUCUGCAGCAAAAACACAAAACGGACCAUUUAAUUGCAGAAAAUGAGAUCCUCUGUGAAUUCUGAAUGUUAAAAAUCAACACUGCUUUUAAUCCUCUUUUACUGUUUUUAAUACAAGCUUUGUGUUCUAAAACAAGGCUGAUAAAUAGAAUGGGUAUGAACUCACCACAAAGCUGAGCUUUAUAGACAGCCCUGGAGAAAUUCUCCUAAGCAUUAAGCAGUUGGGGUGCUGAUUUUCUUACACUUUUGAAAGAUUAAGUAUCUCCUAGUUUCCUGCUUAAAUUCUUGAAUAGAAUGAAAUCACAUCUCCAUUCAAAAAAUAUCUCCACGUGUCUCCUGUUAUGUAAAAAAACUUCUGAUUUUGAUUGCUGUUACUUGAAUAGAGAAUGGUUACUCGUUCUGUAUAGAGGUUUUGUAACAGAGUGAGUUCUUUAUUAUGUAAUCCAAAAGCAAUAACUUAAAGCUCACUCAUUUUGUAAUAUUCUAACUCAGAAUUAUACAGGUUUUACC